AUGGAUCCUGCUGAGGCGGAACAAAACCCUGAAGAAAAGGAAUAUUCUGCUGUGUGUGUCGGCAAAGAAGCAGACAUUAAAAAGUCCGGAAGAAUGACAGCUGUUGUCCAUGACAGAGAAGUGGUCAUUUUCUACCACAGGGGAGAAUAUCAUGCUAUGGAUAUUCGCUGCUACCAUUCAGGAGGACCUUUACAUUUGGGAGAAAUAGAGGACUUUGAUGGACGACCAUGCAUAGUCUGCCCUUGGCAUAAAUUCAAGAUUACGCUGGCAACAGGAGAAGGGCUAUACCAGUCUGUGAACCCCAGGGAUCCAUCAUCAAAACCCAAGUGGUGCUCCAAAGGAAUAAAGCAAAGGAUUCACACCGUGACAGUGGAGAAGGGGCAUAUCUAUGUGACGCUUUCUAAGGAACCUUUUAAGUGUGACUCUGAUUUCUAUGCUACUGGACAAUACAAAGUAAUUCAGAGUUCUUCCUGAUAAAAGUAUGUAUAUGAUAGUGAAAAAUGUGGUGCUUAUUUUAAGAUACUUUUUAAUAACUGUUUCAAUAUCAAAGAUGAAUUUUUUUCAACAUAAGUACAAGUGUUACUUAUCUUUUGAAAUCAUAUAGAUCAGUGAAGUUUAAAAGCACAUGUACUGAGAAAGGAUAUUGGUCUGAGGAUUACCGUGAGACAAGAGUACCUUUCAUCCACAUUCCAUCCAGUCCUCUGGACUGAUCAGAACCUGAAGGUUAUGUUUGGGACAUUCAAUAUAAGGAGGAUUCAAAUAAUUUAGAGUGAUCAAAAUGAGUAAUAAGUAAAGUAUGAUUUCAUAGGAGAAUUUUUUAUUAGAACAAAAGGCCCUUUUUGGUGUUGUAGGCUAUUCUAAGGUUUUUGGGGGAGGGGUUGUUUUAGUUUUAGUUUUUUUUCUUUAAUUUCAAUGUCAAAUGUUUAUUUCUAUGCCACAGUCACCUUAGCACAAUUUCUAAAAGAAAAGAAUUCAGAAAACUGUUUUUGGCCAGAAUGUUUUCUCCGCCAGUUACAAGAAAAAAAAAUGAACACCUUGGUACCAUAAUUACCUUUUUUUUCACAUCAUCCUAGUGACUAAAUCUCAGUAUUUUAGUGUUUUUCGGGCAAGGUCUCACUACACAGCUCAGACUGGCCUUGAGCUCACUUUGUAGCACAGAGUGGUCUCAAAUUCACA